CUUCGCGACUGCUUAUUGGAUCUUAAUUUUCUACUACCAGGUACCUAGGUACACAGCAGCUUGGCCCCCAACAUGGUAAUAUGGGAUGGGUCUUCCUGGACUUCGCAGCUUAGCGACAGCAGCUAGCCGUUGGAGGGUUGGGAGGGUUAAAGGCUGUUGGGUCUAGGCUGGUUUAGGGCUGCACCUAUGCUCGUGUUUUUGAACUUGGAAGCAUCUCAUGGGAUGAACGUUUUCUUUGUACUACAAGGUAUCAUGUAGCUAAUGCUAAGCUGCAUAUGUACGGGCGGAGUACUAACAACUUCUUUUUCGAGGCAGGUACACCACGCCUUCUCUACGCAGACGGACAGGCCAGACAGGCCAGACAAGCCAGACAAGCAAGGCACUCAUGCACCUCGCACAUUCCUUUUCUCACUAGGUUAGGUAGGUACCUAGGUUAGGUCCUAGGGAUAUUAAACAAUAGCUUUGUCUCAGCUUUCCUUCUCUCCUUCUUUCCUUGUCCUUUUCUCUUUCACAAUAGACUUCUAUCAAACCCAACCUCAACUUUAGGCCACUAUUCGGUGACAGAUACCCCGCAAUCCCAUAACAACCUAACAACGGGAACGCUUCGGGGGAUUCCGCCUGUUUAAGUCGCACGCGCGUCUAUCCGCCAUCUGCGUCUGCCCGACAUGUCUUUAAACGUCGGCGAUAGCGCACGGCGCGGUCGUACGCCCUCUCCAGCACGCGCUAAUGAAGGUUAUGACCGCCGUCGCGCCCGCCAAAGUUCCCCGUCUCUGCUUGAUGCAGUGCGCAUGCCCUCUCCACCUGCUGGGUACAGCUACGAUGACACGGCACCUCGCCGCUCGUACCGCCCAGCUUCACCUACAGACGAGUCCAGUUAUUACCGCGCUAGCCGCGACUCUAUCACCUCGGAAGAUGACCGCCGCUAUCCAAGGCGAAGCGAAGAGCGCGUGUCCAAGGGCGACAAGGAUAUAGUAGAAGUCGCUCAGGAUGCACUGCGACGAAGCGCCGAUACCUUACUUCCGGCGAAAUACUCGAAUAGGUUGCGCGAGUCAGAUAGCGAAAAAGAGCGGAGAAAGGAACUCAAGAAAGAAAAAUUAGAAGAUGACUUGGCCUAUGGUAGUAUCGUGUCUCACCCGGCAAUUACCAAAUACUCUGGCGGCCAUUCUCCAUCACCUUCUGGUGGUACCGGCUAUUCUGGGCCCGGUCGGUGGGAAGAGGACAGGUCGGGAGACAAGUUCAGAUAUCCUCGCGCAGACGCGGUGUAUACGCCACCGGUUUCAGACAGGCCGGAUAAACAACGCCAGCGUGAUUCUUAUGGACUAGACAUUAGGUCUUCGAGUACGAGAAUUAUUGCUGCUGAACCCGGCUUGGGUAAUCGUAGAGAUCACUCGACUGGGCGGAUGUCUACGUUGACUGUUAAUACAGGGCACCAUGCUGCUUCACUCUCUCUAUCAAGCGCGCCGCCAUCGCCACUAUUGGAGUCUUACUAUGGCACUUACCAGUCCAUGUCCCCGAUGCCAUCGCCGCUGCUCCUUGCUUCGGAUGACCCCAGAAGAAACUCGGACCUAAUUGAACCUCUCUCGCCGGGUCUUUCUGAUGAAGGCAACGAGAAGAAGCGUCGUCGCGCCCGUUUCCACGACCCUGUUGACGACGCGGCACGCCUAGCUAAAGCUCUCAGGGGUGAUCACCUACCUCCCGAUACAGAGCCACUAAUUGAAAUUUUACCUGGAAUGACGCAUGAGCAGAUUAUGGAGCUGCGUGUCGAGUACAAGCGGCUCGUCAAGACCGGUCCAGAACGCAAGGGUGUUAACGUUGCUAAGCAUAUACGCGUUCGCCUAAAGGAUGAGGAACCUAUCCUCAUGAAGGCAUGCUACACUGUCGCGCUCGGGAAAUGGGAGUCGGAGGCGUACUGGGCCAACUUCUGGUACCACGGUGAUAAGACGCGACGCGAGUUGUUAAUUGAGAGUCUGAUGGGGCGCUCUAACUACGAGAUCGCAAAGAUUAAGGAGGCUUUCUCGGAUAAGAAAUAUAGAGACUCACUAACGCUGUGUAUGAAAACCGAGCUGAAGGAGGAUAAGUUUAAGCGUGCGGUACUCACAGCACUAGAAGAAAAGCGGAUGGAGGAUGUAGAUGAGUACGGACGGCGGCUUCCCAUCCAUCACGAAAUGGUGCAGGAUGACGUUGAAGCUUUGUAUAAAGCCGUUCGCAGCGACAGAGGUGGAGAAUCCGCCAUGAUCCAAAUAGUUGUCUCAAGAAGCGAUAACCACUUGAGAGAAGUCCUCAGGCUCUAUGAAAAGGUUGUCGGUGGUAAUUUCGCUCGGGACGCGUUAAAGAAGAGCGGAAAUCUUGUGGGCGAGCUCCUAGCUCAUAUCCUCAAUGGAAUUAUUAAUAAGCCUGUCCGCGACGCACUCCUCCUCCAUCACGCCCUCACCGCUUCCAGGAAGGAUCAACUACGUCGAGAACUCCUCAUCUCUCGCCUCGUUCGUUUCCAUUGGGACCGCCACCAUAUGGCAGCUAUUAAGAAGGCCUAUCGCGAGCGCUACGGUGAAGAGCUAGCCGAUGCCGUAAAGGAGGGGACUAGCGGCGGCUGGGGGUCAUUCUGCCAGCAGCUAGUUGUCACUCGCAUGCCCGACGAUGUGAAGAGCUUCGAGAAAGUUGAGGCUGUGAGGGAGAUCAAGCGAUCGGAUCGAGAGAAAGAAGAGAGGAUUAGGGAGAGAGAACGUGAGAUGGACCGCGAAAGCGAGAAGGAGAGGGAGCGAGAGGAAAGACAUAGACGAAAGGAAAAAGAGAGGGAGAAGGAUGGAGACAGGAGGAGGGAGAAAGAGAGAAGCGAAGGAUUGCUUGUUGUUAAAGACCACAAGCACAGGGACGGAAGUCGCAGUCGAGAGAGGAGUAGAAGCCGGGCGCGGGAGUAAGGGGAGUUUUGAACGAGCCGGAUAUCAAUUUACUAAUGAGGUUAAGCCGUACGCAGCCGAGCCGUGAUAUAGAAUGAUUGGAUGAAGACGAAGAUCAACGAAGAUUGCGUCGGAAGAUAUAAUGGGAUUCUACCUAAUAUUGUAACCAUGUCAUAUAUAUAGGUUAGGUACCUAGGUAUAUAUCGAUGAACCAUAAGAGAUACUUUAUAUAGAAGAGCCCAACAUAGACCCGAUAUGACGAGAUAUUGUAUGCCCUAAGUAAUUUUGCUCUUUUUCUAGGGCUCGUACGAUCUGCCGGGUGCCGGGCGGGUUUAAUGUACAGCAGAGCCAAUGGAAACUAGAGCGUCAAAGAAGCAAGGGGUAAGUCACCAAUUAGGCACGACUCCAAAACUAGAUGGAUUACCGGGAAGAUCCCAUUCGACAGUUGUGUGUGGCAGUCGGCUAGAUGAUGCUCGGUGUGAUGGCUGUGCUACG